GAAGGUUGUUUAGAUCUCGUGGGAAUAUUGGGCUUCUGCUGCUCUUUCUCUUUCGCAAAUAAACUCACAGGCGUUUAGCCAUUCGGGUAGAUCAGCUUGCCUGCAGAUGGAGAGCAAGGCGGAGCGUGUGCGUCCAUUAAUUUCCAUCUGGAGCUAGCUAGGCGCGCGCGCGCGGGGAUCGAGAAUUAAUUAGAGAAAGAGAACGUACGUACUAUCAAGCUAGCUAGUUAAUGAAACUCGAUGGAUCGGUUUGAUGAUCGAAACCUACGGCUAGCUAGUUAGAUAUAAUAAUAGUUAAGAGAUAUGUUGUCUUGGAAGGAGAUCGAGGCAUAUACGUACGAGGAGUUAGAGAGUAAGGUGGUUGAGUGCUUGCGCGACGAGCGCGUAUGGGACAUCUACGUCUAUGCAUGGGAGGGAGUUGGGGCGUCGGCCGUUCUCCGACGGGCGGCGGAAGCGGUCGAGAAGAAGGAGCUGAUCCGGUUCGACACGGUGAUCAAGCUGGUGCGGUUCACAAUAUAUGGGAGCCCCAGGGAGGCGCAGAGGGCGGUCGCGGAGCAGCUGAUCAAUCUAGAGCCCGCGGUAAUGGCGAAGCUUGACGAGGCGGACGAGGAGGACGACUUCAGUGGGGUGCCGGCCGGCUCAAGAGGCAUGAUGCCGGAAGUCGCGGAGGAGAUCCGCCUCGCUGUGAAGGAUCGUCGCGUGCUGCUCCUCCUCGGCAGCGUUUACGCGAAUCAAUUUAUCGACUUCAAUGAUUUGGAGAUUCCUAUCGCCAGAUGGGCCCCCCACAAGGUGCCGUGGACGUUUGGGAGGGGAUUUAAGGCUGCGGAGGAAUUCGGCCGCCAAGCGCGCGUCAUGUUGGAAAGGGCGAAUGCUAUCGUCUUUGUACGGCAAAUUAAUGCUGCACUUGAGUGCGUGUAUGCUGAGGCUGUCGAAAUUGCCCGUUACAUCAACGAGAGCAGCAGCGGCCGUACUGGGAGGUUGCAAUUGCAAUUGCAAGCCACCCCGUCAACAGUCCACAGGUGCCUCUUGUAUUUAUUCCUCCUGGAUACGUAUACCGGAGAGCUACCGCUACCGCAACCACGACGGCAUGCUGUUAAUUAUUUAGUGUGCGAGCCAAUUUUACAAGGGGAAGGGGAAGGGGAAGGGGAUCACGCGGCCUGCUGGGAGAUCGGGAAGGCAGUGGCUCGGUGGGUAUCACCAGCAGGAGAGGAAGAACAAAAAUUGUGGAAAGAAAUUGUCACUUCCGGAGGAUUAAUGUCGUCCAGUCCUCCUGAGUUGCUGCCUCCUAAAACUUUAGUAAUCCGCCGGGACAUUUAUUACGAACACCACCGAGAUGCGAUACAAUCGGAGAGUUACCGCUGGAUGGCGGUACAGAUUUCUCCGGAUGAUCCAGCUGAACUACUCGAUUUCCUUGAUAAUAUUUGUGGACAAGAUGUAGAACGUGGGACUUCAGUGUAUGGCAACAUUUCCUCCAUCUUCUGGAAUUUUGAGUGGACGCACCGAGCUCUGCCGGAUAGAUUUUUCGAGCGUUUCAGCAACGUUCGAGUGCUAGACCUUUCCGGCUGUAUAGUGGGCCCUAUAGAUUCCUCUUUCGUUCAUCUUCGCAACCUGAGGAUGCUUAAGAUGGAGCGAUGCCAAGUGACUGGGGAGCGAUCUUCAGUUAACGCCUCCCCUCGCUUGUUAGCACAAGAAGGGCUAGGAGGACCAAUACUUUUUGAUAGCUUAUGGGUCUUGAUUUUAUAUAAUUCGGACGCCGAUAAGUUCCUUUCAGCGGGCAAAGCCUUUGACAGCAUGCCCAACCUCCACAAGUUCGAUCUAACAGAUAAAACAUUUGCCUUCCCACUCCUGGGAGCUCGAAAAGGGCUAGGAAGCCUUCGCAAACUCCGAAUUAACUGUCCAGUAGUGCAAUUGGAGGGGAUCGACGAAGGCUUUUUUCAGCACAUGCAUAAGUUCCUGUCAAUGGCAAUCAACCUCAAAAAGCUCAUUCUUGAUAAUUGCGACUGGUUAGAAUCUCUAAACCUUAAUCAUCUCCCUGCCACAAUCAAGACGGUCAGCCUACGAAGCUGCACAUCACUACAAGAGGUAGAGCCGGCGGACCCAACUUCUUUGCCCAACCUCAAGACCUUCCGCCUCAGCGAAUCUGUGCUGAUCACCAAGCUCUGCCUGCAAGGAUGCCGCAAGUUGGAGAACGUAGACCUACAAGAAUUAUUGAAGCUCGAGGAGCUCAACCUUUCGUGCACGGCAGUCAAAGUUUUGAAGUUCUUUGAUGAGGAAAGCCGGCCCUACAAUCUCCCACGGCUGAAGCAAUUGUACCUCCUGGGAUGUGAGCAGCUCUGUAGAGUAGUCCUUGGGAAAGAAGGAGAACUACCAAGCUUGGAUGAGCUAUACUUGGAUAACUAUAACAAUACUUGCGGUGUUGACAGGUGCCUCGAAUCCUUUAAAAAUCAAACAGAGCAUUAUGACACUACUACGGGUAUUAGUCAUGAUGCUGAUGGAAGAGUUUUCCAAGCUCAUGUAGUCGUGAGGGAUGUUAGGCUCUUCCGGUCACUCAAACGGGCCUUUCCUGCUCAUUUAGACAGAACAAGAGCUCGCAUCCAUAUUCAUGUCAAGUGUUCUUCCACUAUUAAGAGAGGUGAUAUUACGUAUACUACGACCAAACCGGGUGCUCGAACAACUUCAACUACUAAAUCGAGCCCGCUCAUUGUAUCAAACCUGUCGACACCCCGUUACGCCGACGCUUUGGCCGCCAUGAAAGAUCAUCGCCGUCCGCAUCGCCCAUCACCACCAGCAAUGCCCCUGAAUAAUCACAUAGAGGUCGAUGGAGGUAACCACCGUUCCCUAACAGAAGAAGAAUCAUUUAGACGGUUUAUGAGAUUUGCAGAAUCUUUAUUCGUGCAUGAAAACACAUCGGCCAUAGCCGCGAAUGUUUCAAUGAGCAGUCUCAAAUGCUUCCGCAUUGAGAACUGCCCUAACAUGGAAGUUGUCUUUGCCGAUUGGGAUAAGGGUGGUCGUAAUGUUCUGGUGAAAUUGGAGAGCAUGUGGCUCAGCCAUCUUCCGAGGCUCGACGCUAUAUGCAAAAGGGGAAUAAUGAUUGUGCCGGAAAGCUAUUCACAGUUGAAGCAUAUUUAUUUGGAGUUUUGCACGAGGCUAAAGUAUGUACUUCCCUCACUCUCGGAGCCAUGCAACUUGGAAACCAUUGACAUCCGCUAUUGUGGCGAUUUGACGGCCAUUUUCACUGACUAUGAUGAUGAUGAAGAGAAAAGGGGAGCGAUUCCGAAGCUACUCCCGAAACUGAGGUCCCUUCAUCUAGAGGAGCUUCCGAAGCUACAGCACAUAUACAAGCCUAAUAUUUGUGCUCCAUCGCUACAAGACAUCGUGAUUAGGGGAUGUUCCAGUCUAAGAAAACUCUCUCUUUUUGACCGAUCGGACGGUCGGUCAAAGAGAGUUGUGAAGAUUAGCUGCGAGAAGGAUUGGUGGGGUAAUCUAAUGUGGGAUGAGCCAGAAGCAAACUAUCGCUCAUUUCAUUUCGAUCACAAGCAUUGUCCAUGCUACAAGAAGCCUAUGAAAGCUCGAUGGUUAUGAACAGCCACUCUUCUCCAACAAUUCCAUACCAAAAUGGAAGCACGGUGAGGUGAAACUGUCUUAUAUACCCUCUCUCUCUCUCUUCCUCUAAAUAUUAAUUAUGUAUUUGUGUGUAUGCGUGUGCAAGUGUGUCUUUGUGUGUGUGUGCGUGUGCAAGUGUGCUCAGUCAUGUGUGCAUACUUGUAUCGAUGUUUGCCGAGAUUGCGAAAUAAGCAACGGCCCUUGUGCUGCAUGUCUCUAAUUUUUUUAACUGAAGCUGUGCGCUUGUCUACCUGCGUAUGUAUUUAGGACUUGAAUAUGUACUGCAGAAAAUAAUGUUGUGUGCUUGACUCUUUAUUAUCAAUAAAUUAAUAUAUAUUGUAUUCAUGUUUU